AUUCUAUCACUUCAUGUUGUCAACUGUGCCAUAAGAUCACUUCUUUAUUGUAUUGAUGUUUCAUACAUUUGACCUGAGCCUCAAGCAUGGGGCUGAAGGGGAAAGUGAACUAUCACCGGGUCGCAAUGAUCGCGUUCGCAAAGCAUGUGAGCUCUGUCGACAGAUGAAGGUCAAAUGCGACGGAACCCAUCCUUGCAAGCAUUGCUCUCAUUCUUUUCAUGAGUGCAUCUAUCGCGAUACACAUCGGAAAAGACACGCCGACUCGGACCACAGAACUUCCGCCAGGCCAGGCAAAAAACCGAGUUUGCAGAAGAGAUCGAAUCAUAUCGAUGAUUUCGAUGCAGAUGCGUUGCAGAUUGCUGCAUGUCAGCCAGACACGCCGGGAAUCACGCAUGAAGGUGAUAGAGAAGAGGAUCGGCUGGAAGCACGACACCAUGGGUCUUCCGGAGAACGGUCUUUUAUAGAACGACUGAAGCUAGAACUCGGAGACUCCCCAGGCAUCGACUUUGAGAGCAGAUUGCGCGUGAAAGAGCGACUGGCUUCUAGGCUGUUCCUGCUAGGAGCUCCAAAUUGCUUAUCGAGGACUUCUGCGCCUCUCCCAGAGCGUCAAAGGGCACAGAUACUAGUCAACCAGGCUUUGGAUGCGCACUUACUCUACCAUGCUCUGCAUCGUCCCACCUUCACUUCUGUCUUUCAAUUGUUGUACUCUCUCGAUAGAGAAGACUACGGAGAGACAGAGAUCAGCCACCUUCCUCUCCUCUACUCUCUGAUGGCGGUAGGCUGCCUAUUUGAGAAACACAACGAACAUAAUCCCGCGGAGCCAUCAGGAGGCUCGCUUGCUGAAGGAUUGAAGUAUUUUGAAACCUGCCGCGAUAUGGUUGAUCUCGAAGCUUGUGAUAAUCUUUUUGCCUUGCAGGCCAUUUUCUUCAUGAAUAUCUUUCUCAUCAGUACCUGCAGAUUAUCCCGGUGCUAUACCUAUGUUUCUCACAUGCUUUCCCUGGCUUUUCGCAUGGGCCUGCACCGUCCCGGUAAGGCGGAUAGUCCGGUCAUUGUCGAGACCAAAAGAUCUCUUUUCUGGGCUAUAUGGCAACUUUUGGUCACUUUAGCUUCCAUGUGCGGCCUCCCAAAGCCAGUACCUGUUGAGGAGAUAGGGAUGGAUUAUCCCGAGGCCAUCAGUGCUCAGCCAGAUCAAGAAAGGACAGGACCUGAAGAGAGAGUUCAGGUACCAGAAACAAUACCGAGUCAUCUGAGUUACCUGAAACUCCAUGAAACCCUUUACAGAGUUGUGAAGAGCCUGUAUCCUCCAAGCACUAUGCAGCAUCGUGAUGCGAACGAUUUAUUGAAGCACUUUGUCACCAAGGAUACUAUUUUCAAAUUUGAGGACGAGCUACGGAGAUGGGCCAAGCACCUUGCAAUUCGUGACAUCCUAGCAAAACAUGAGAACAAUCAAUGGUCCCGAAGGGCGGAUUACGAAAUCUGUAUGGCUUUCGCUCAUACUCAAGUCUACUUAUACCGACCGUUCAUGCACUAUCUUUUUGAAAGUCACAACGUACAGCAAGAAGGCCGAAAAUAUGCACUGGCUGGGAUUCGUGCAAGCUGUAAUAUCAUACGUCUCGCGCAGGAUAUGCACCGCCAUGAUCUUCUAUUUGGAUCGCAGUGGCGCGUGGCACAUAUGAUCUCGACAUCUGCCCUCACACUUCUCUACGUUCUUCUUAUCGACAAGAUCUCUACAAUGGCGCCAUAUCUUAAGACCGAACUGAAUAUAGCGAGGUCUAUGCUUGUUACUCUUCGGCCUUAUUGUAUCCACUCGCAACGUGUUGACGACUGCACUCUCUCAAGGGUCAAAAAUGCAAGAGCUGGCGACUGUAGGUGACCAAGCUAGUCUCGCGGGAGGAUCAACCUAUCUAGAAACACCUGAUUUGGUGGCGAGGACAUUUGCCAAU